ACCCCCGUGAUUGCUAUAAUGAUUUUUAAUUUCAAAUUAUAAAGUGUUUUUUAUUACAAAAUUAUUUUCAUUGACUUGGUCUUAGUUCCAUGAGCAAAGAUGUGCCAUCUGCCAUAUAAGAACCUAAGAUUGUUUUUUAAAAGCCGAUGUCUGAUUUAUUUUAUGCAAAAUGCAUAACCGGACCCACAGCCAUUAUGUGGAUUUGGGCGGUGACAUAAAAUAAUUAAUAUCUUGGAUGGGUCUUUGAUUUGGAUGUAUAUGAUGUGAAAUUCUUGCAGUGCCUAAAGAGCACUAACAAUGCAUUUUUUUUAACAAAAAAUGAAACAAGAUGACACAUCUUAAAUGAAAUUUUGUUCGUUAGAAAAAAAUUUUUAAACGAAGUAGAAAUAGGUUGCUACGUAGCAGAUACAUCAAAAUAAAUUAAUGAAGUAGAUCUGCUACAUAUGAAGUAAAUACUCAUCUCUGCCUCCAAGUUAUUGCUGUUGAAAUACAACACAAAACUAAAUUUACAUACAUAAAUAUAUAUUUACCACCUUAACAAAUAAUUAACAAAAAUGACCUUAGCAAUAUAGUCAAGUCGACUUUCCAAUAAUAUUCGGGGGUGAUGUAAACGCCUGGAAUACACUUUGGGGUUCCGCAACCACAAACAGAAAAGGUGAUUUAUUGGAAAACUUCUUUUUAGAUUCAAACCUAGUCAUCUUAAAUGACGGAUCGCCAACCCAUCUUUCAACACACAGUUCCCUUACACAUGUUGAUGUAACUUGCUGCUCACCAGAGUUGCUCACAAAAAUAACUUGGAAGACAUUAAAAGAUUCGCACAAUAGCGACCACUUCCCGAUAGUCACGACUUUAAAUACUGAAUGUAUAUCAAACACAAAACCAUUCGAACACAAAUUUAAAACUGAUUUAUCCAAUUGGACCUUAUUUAAACAAAAAAUCUCUGAAAACUUAAUCCAUAAGAAUCAAUCCUCAAAUAAUAAUAAAGAAGCUGCUGUUCUACUGAAAGCUAUCAGAAAUGCUGCAAACAUUUCCAUUCCCCAAUCCAAACCAAUUAAACGUAAACAAAAUGUACCUUGGUGGAAUCAUGAACUUUCAUUGCUACGUAAGGAAAAGAUGACUUCACUUAAGCAUUUUCAAGCAAAUCCUACGACACAAAAUCUUAUAAUAUACAAAAAAUCUAAUGCCAAGUUUCGACGAUUACUCAAAGCAAGCAAAGCAAAAAGCUUCGCCGAUAUCACUUCAAACUUAAACCCGAACUCCUCACCCGCCAAACUGUGGCAAGGUAUUCGUCAAAAGCCUCAGAAAAAACAAAUUUUUUCAAUACUUUUAUUGAAGAAAAAUUAAAUAUCUUGAAUAUAACAACACCACAACAAAUCACUAACCCUACAUCGAAACGAAUUGAAGAAUCUAUAACUUUCAUUGAGUUUCAAACCGCUCUUAUAAAAACAAAAGGAAAAACUCCAGGCAGAGAUAAAAUAUCUUAUUCGAUGUUGAAAAAUCUACCCGACCUGACAAAAAAAAGAAUCGUUACUUUAUAUAAUAACAUCCUAUUCUAUUCUGCCAUUCCCCAAAGCUGGAAGUCGGCUACAAUAAUACCCAUUCCAAAGCCAAAAAAAGAUAAAAAUACAAUUGAAGGAUAUCGCCCUAUAUCACUUAUCUCUUGUUUAUCCAAAAUAAUGGAAAAAAUAGUCGCAAAACGACUACUUUGGUUCGCCGAAACGAACAAAUUAAUCAGCCCUAACCAAAUGGCUUUUAAAUCCAAUAGAGGAUGCGCCGACGCUCUCCUCCAUAUUGACUAUUUUACUUCAAAAGCCUUAUCAGCUAAAAACCAUGUGUCCUUCCUCUCUCUUGACUUCGAAAAAGCUUUCGAUAGAAUCGGACUUCACAUCGUUUCGAAAUGGGGUGUUGGAAGAAAAAUAAAUGAAUAUGUAAAGUCAUUCUUAACAAAUAGAACAUUUUGUGUAAAAACAAAUAAAGAAUACUCUUCCAACUUCCCAUUACAUAACGGUAUACCGCAAGGAUCACCCCUUUCGGUGGCUUUAUUUAUUAUAGCAUUUGAUGAUAUUAACAAAAUUUUAGUAAACUAUAAAUCUCUUGAUCACUGUAUACAGGGUGUCCCGUAGAAAAUGGAUAAGCCUAAAAUGGCUGAUAGGUGCACUUUUGACUGUUCUGAAACCGAAUAGAAAAAGUUUCUAUCGCAACCAGUUUGGAAAAUAUUAGCUUUUUUUCGUUCAGUGUACUUUAAAUUUCAUCAUCUUACGUUUUCUUUAACCACAACCACGAAUGAAUGAAUUUUAUAAAUUUCUUAUUUUUAUAAUUUUCUACAAUAAUUGGCUCACUACAUAAGAAGUUAAAAGUUUUCAAAACUGUUGCAUCUUUUCUUUUAAAAAAUUUUAAAGUUAGUUUUUCGAUGCAAAAUGUAAAAAAAAAUAUUUUUUGAAAAUUUUUAAACAACUGUGGUAUAAAAAAAAUCCAUAGGAACGUAGGUGGCCAACUUUUUUAAAAAUAUGCGCUUCCAAAGGGGAUUGCAGAAUGGUAAAAGUUUUUAUCAAAUCUGGAGUUACAAGCAAGUUAUUGGUACCAAAGUGCAAAAAAAGCCUAUUAAUUUAAUAAAUUAUUUUCACUGUAAAAUCUUAAGUUUUUCACAUUGCUGCCACAAAUGCAUGGAUUCCAUCAGUUUUUUUAAUCAGUCAUAUCUUACAAUAAUUCUUCUUACACAUAACUAUUAAAAAAGCGUUAUAACCGUUGAACAAUGGCUAUGAAAAAAAUAAUUCAACUUUUUUUUAAUGCAAAGUAGAAAAAAAUAUUUUCUAUUCGGUUUCAGAACAGUCAAAAGUGCACCUAUCAGCCAUUUUAGGCUUAUCCAUUUUCUACCGGACACCCUGUAUAUGCUGACGAUAUAUAUGUAUAUUUUAUGCAAAAUCAAUGAUGUAAAUAAAAGUAAAUUCCUAUUUGAAUUAGCCCUUAAUGAAAUUUUAGAUUGGUCAAUAACAUCUGGCGCUAAAUUAUCAAUUCAAAAAUGUAAAUUACUCCAUAUCUGUCGAAAAAAAAAUUGUACAAACCCAACAUCAAUGUAAAUAAUGUAGUAAUCGAAAAUGUUAACAAAUUAAGUAUUUUAGGACUAGUUUUUAACACAACAUACACCUGGAAUACACACUGUCUAGAACUUAAAAAAUCGCUAGCUAUUAGGACUAACAUCGUUAGAUAUUUAGCAUCAAAAAAAAGUAAUAUGCAUAUAAACUCUUUAACGCACACUACUAGAAUGUUAGUCUUAAGUAAAAUUGAUUAUGGGUUGUAUAUAUACGGACACUCUCCUAAAUCAACUCUAAAAAUAAUCAAACCUACUUACCACAAUGCAGCAAGAAGAAGUAUAAACGCUUUCCCAACUAGUCCCAUUAUAAACAUACUUGCAGAAGCUGGACUGCCCACCAUUGAGGAACGAAGAGACGCUAUCACCGACAAACUUCUAGCGAAACUCGUGUUCACCAAAAACUCCAUCAUUUAUAACGAUGUUAAAAAUGCACUCGAGCUUAAAGUGGCAAAAAGAAUACCUUCUGCCAUCGCCUCGAUUCUUGCCAAAGCAGCCCAAUCAAAUCUGCCUACAAAAAGAGUCCGUAUUCCUACCCCACGAUAUCCUCCAUGGUCCAUCUAUAGAGAAUGCGUGAUAUUAACCUUAGCCCAACACACAAAAACAACCACCAGCAAAAAUGCUUAUAAACAACUCUUCUCAGCCGUUUCAUCCGAUUUAAAGGCUGACGGAUGGAAAUUUAUCUUCACGGAUGGCUCAAAAACAAGUAACAACACAUCGUUUGCAGUGGUGUAUGAAAAUGGUUCUAUAGCCUCCAUUGGUAAUCUACCGGAUUUCACUUCGGUGUUUACAGCGGAGGCAUUCGCCAUACUUCAAGCUACAAAAACCACAACGAAUAGCCACGAGAAGUACAUCAUAUGUUCUGACAGCAUCUCAGUACUUAACGCCGUAAACAACCCCAAAAAAAACACUGACAUUAUAUCCGAUAUAAGAUACCAGCUUGGAAAAUCCUCAAAAAACACGAAACUGAUGUGGACUCCUGGACACGUCGGUAUUCCAGGAAACGAAUACGCAGAUAUUGCAGCCAACUCAGCCAAAAACUCCCCUGUUUAUAGUUUUAACAUGUUCACUAAAUUGGAUUUGCUUAAAACUAUCCAAAAAACAACAAAAGCUAAUACUAUCCACAACUGGAGCCUUUAUCACCACCAUCACAAAAAAGUUAAUCCCGAAAAACUCACCAUCACUUAUCCCACAAACGUUUCUAAACAGAAAAUAUCAAAUUUCGUACGUUUACGACUCGGACACACCUCAACCUCACAUCAGCAUCUCCUCAACAAAAACACUCCACCACCACUUUGUGCAACCUGCCAUACAUCAUUGAACCUAACACACAUCUUGGAACAGUGCUCUGUAUUACAACCUAUAAUCAACAAAAUUUUUAAAGAAAAAUCAAUGUAUGAAGUUUAAAAACAUCCUAGUAUUCAAAAUAUAGAAGAUAUAUCUAAUUUUGUAAUAGAAGCUAAG